AUGCAUAUCCUUAAAAUGAAUUCUGUGAUACUCCUCUUGGUGGCGAUUUUUGCUAUAGGCAAUUGCGCGAAUAGUGAUUGGUGGAAAACGGCAGUUUUCUACCAAAUUUAUCCAAGAUCUUUUAAAGAUGACAGCAAUGAUGGGGUAGGAGAUCUUAAAGGUGUUAUAUCAAAAUUGCCGUAUUUAAAGGAAUUGGGAAUAACUGCAACAUGGUUGUCGCCAAUUUUUAAGUCACCUCAGGUCGAUCAAGGAUACGACAUAAGUGACUAUAGAGUCGUAGACCCACUUUUUGGAAAUAAUAAUGAUUUAACUGAACUUAUUAAAGAAGCAAAUAAACUGGGAAUCAAAAUUAUCCUGGAUUUUGUUCCAAAUCAUACCAGUGAAGAACAUGAGUGGUUUAAAGCAUCUGUCAAUGGUACUCCCAAGUACUUAGAUUAUUAUAUUUGGAGAGACGGAGAGAACAAGGACGAUAAAAAACCACCUAAUAAUUGGUUAAGUAAUUUUGGCGGAAUUGCAUGGACCUACAAUGAGACGAGAAAAAUGUGGUAUUAUCAUGAAUUUGCUAAAGCACAGCCCGACCUUAACUAUCGUAACCCAGAUGUUGUAAAAGAUAUGAAGGAUAUUCUGGUAUAUUGGUUGGACCAAGGAGUUGCAGGAUUCAGGAUUGAUGCCGUUCCAUAUUUGUUUGAGGAUGUAAAUUUUGAGAAUGAAACAGCAACUGAUAAAACUAAGGGCGUAGACCCAAGCAAUUGGAAUUCUUUACAACAUACAAAAACGCUUGAUUUAAACGAAACCCUGGAUAUGAUCUAUCAGUUCCGAGAAUUGAUUGAUGAGUACAACAAAAAUCAUACAGAAGAUACUAGGGUUAUUAUGACAGAAGCCUAUACAGAUUUUGAUAAAACCCUAUUAUACUAUGGUUUAAAAGAUGGUUCAAGACUAGGAGCUCAUUUUACAUUUAACUUUGAUUUCAUUCAAUCUUUAAGCAAAAAUUCAUCUGCUACAGAUAUUAAAAACAUUAUUGAAAAUUGGUUUGAAAACUUGCCCGAAAUUUAUACAUAUAACUGGGUGGUUGGAAAUCAUGACAAUCACAGAAUAGCUACUCGUUUAGGUGUAGAGAACGUGGACGCUAUUAUGUUGCUUCAAGGUAUUUUGCCCGGUGUAAUGGUUACCUAUAACGGCGAAGAAAUUGGUAUGGAAGAUGGAGAAGUUGAUUUUGACCAAAGACAAGAUCCUCAAGCAACUGAUGAGAAAACGUUCAAGGAAAAGAGCAGAGACUUUGAAAGGACACCUUUUCAAUGGGACAACUCAACAAAUGCAGGAUUUAACAAAGGCAACAAAACUUGGUUACCUGUGAGCAAAAAUUAUAUAAACACGAACGUUGAAUUGCAAAAUACGACGGUGGACAGCCAUUUAAAUAUUUACAAGAGUUUAAUUAAAAACAGAAAGAAAAUUUCCCCAGCUGCCAAAACCAAGAUAGAGGUUCUAAAUAGUACUGUUUUGACCAUUUACAGAACAACCGAAACUGAAACUUACUUUUAUUUAUAUAACAGACUUGGUGAACCUAUGAUAAUCAACAAUGCAGGAUUAAAUAAUUCCAAGAUUCUUAUCAAAAGUACUAAUUCAGAAAAAGAAGUAGGAUCAAUAAUUAAUGGAACAAUUUUAGUAGAAACUAAUGAAAGUCUUAUUUUACAUAAAGAUAAUCCAAAAGAUAAUGGAAGUUUUUUGUAUAAAACUCAACCUACUGUUUUAAUUGCAGUUUUAUUUUUAAUUUUUGUGUUAAAUAGUAUAUAGAAUUAUUAAUUAAAAUAUAUUAGGUCAA